AUGAAGCACAAUCUGCGGUGUUGUGCUCUUAUAUGGCUUGUGGCGUUGGUGUUUGCCGGUAUCGUUCAAGAAGAUUGCACAGUAACAACGAUCAACCAGUCAAUUCUGGAUGUUGCACGCAUUCUGGUCGACGAUCCAUCGUACGCAGUCAGUGUGAAACGUGAAGUUGAGAAGAAAGAUGGUGAUGCGGACAAAAGUACACUCUCCGCAUUCGAGAAUCAUCAAUAUAAUGCCAGUAAUCAUACCAUUGUUGACAGUGAAGGCCGUAUACGGUGA